ACAGUCAUUAUCAUGACACAUCUUCAACAUAAGGUAAAGCUUCCUCUUUGGAAGCGUUUUAUUUGCUAACCUUGGGGAGAGGUUGGCUCCUUCUUGCGGUUAGCAUUUUGUGAAGUAAAUAAAUGCUCGUCUUGGGAAACAGAGACUGUCGUGCACGAAAUAUGUGCCACAAGUGAUCUACAGUUAGCUUUGUAGCUCUGAAGCUCGCCAAAAGAGAGCUUUACAAGCGAGUACGCGCUAACGCUAGCUAACUGAGGAGACCGAAUCCGUAACAUUUAAUAUUAGAGAGCUACAUUCAUCAAAAAGAGCAACUGAAAGGGGGAAGCUGUUGGCAUUUUAUCUUCAGGACAUGUUACAAAGUAGCAGCACACGCAUGUCUGUACAGACACUGAAGUGAAAUCACAGGCUACAGAUGAAGAUGAACACAUCCUUCCCAUGGUUUCCCAUGAACCUCACCUGGAGUGGGAGGGUGUUGUGAGAAAGGAGACAGGAGGAAGGAGCACAAGGCGAAUAUAAACAAGAGUCAUGAAUCUCCAUCAGGUCCUCACAGGGGCUGUCAACCCUGGAGACAAUUGUUUCUCUGUAGGGAGCGUCAACAAUGUGCCAUUCACGGCCUAUGCAUCAGGUUGCGACGUGGUGAUUUUGGGCAGUGACUUUGAGCGACUUCAGAUCAUCCCAGGGGCCAAACAUGGCAACAUCCAAGUCGGCUGUGUCGACUGCUCACUGCAGGGUGGACAAAUUGCAGCUUCCUAUGGAAGCAUUGUGUGUGUCUUUGAGCCUGUUCAGCACCCAGAUCAAAAAGAUACAUCGCUGACUAAGUUGAACUGCCAGUGGCAGAAGACUGGACAGUUUGUAUUACAGUCCAUGGUACGCAACCUGGCCUGGCACCCCACAGGCAGCACUCUCUUAACAGGCUCUAGUAGCCUUCAGUUGUGGUCUAAUGUUGAUGGCGUAAAAGAUGAAGCUGAAGAAGGGGGAGAGCAGGCAGAAAUGACCAUGAGAGACUCUCAUUCUGCCUGGAGGUGCAUCUGGCAGAGCAAGACGGCUUCACCAGUCAGUUUAAUGAAGUUCUCACCUGAUGGGGAAUUCUUUGCUACUGCUGGGCAGGAUGACUGCCUCGUAAAGGUCUGGUACAGUACCAGUAAGUGGAAGUCAGGUGUUUCCAGACUCUUCACACCUCCAGAACCCAGUGUCAGUGUCCAGGGAGAGCUGGCCUUCUCCUUUGUCUACCUGGCCCAUCCCCGUUCUGUUACUGGCUUCUCAUGGAGGAAGACCAGCAUGUACAUGCCACGAGGUGCCGUGUGUAAUGUUCUGCUCACCUGCUGUAAGGACAGCGUGUGUCGGCUCUGGGCAGAGACACUGUUGCCGGGUGACAGCCUCCUGUCUGGUCUCCAUAACAACCACGCCCCUGGCCAACACAGCGACGCACUCAGAUGUGCUGGUUCUACAAGGAAACACACCUGCAAUGGGAAGACGCAAGGAAAAACAGCACAGGAAAAUUUUCAAGAAUCAUGGCACUCCUCCCUCAAUCGGGAUGUGCCCCAGCCUUCCCUGACUAGUUGCCUGCCUCACCAUCAGAGUCGACACUACAACCACAAGAAGAGCAGCAGCAACAUGCCCCAUGCCAACGCUCUCUGCCACUUCCACAUUGCUGCCAGCAUCAACCCAGCCACAGACAUUCCUCUACUGCCCUCCAUCUCCUCUCUGAGUGCUGUGGAUGAUGAGGAACCUGGAGGUCCUUUUACUGUCCACUGGCUCAACAACAAAGAGCUUCAUUUCACUUUAGCUAUGGAAGUCUUCCUGCAGCAGCUCCGAGGCAGCCUGGAGCAACAGAGUGAAUGCUCCCAUGAAGAGCCUGAAGAUGAGGAGAACUUUGAUGAGGAGGAUAAUAGUAGCAGGCCAAGUGACCCCCAAGGACCCGAGACUGUGGAGCUUUCUCUGGCAGCAGUGGAGCACCAGGUGGACGUGCUGUUAGAGGAGUGGAAUAAAGGGGCAGACAUGUUGUUCAGUAUUCAUCCCAUGGACGGCUCUCUGUUAGUCUGGCAUGUGGACUGGUUAGAUGAAUACCAGCCAGGAAUGUUCAGACAAGCUCAGGUGUCGUUUGUGUCCCGGAUUCCUGUAGCAUUCCCUACAGGUGAUGCAAUCUCCCUGAGCCACAGUGUUGUUAUGUAUGCCUGCAACAAGAAUGUGGAUCUGGCUAUCCAACAUGGCAGACAGCGACCGCCUGGGAGCACACUGCCUCAAACUAAAUCUGCUCUAAUAAGCUAUGGAGGUCAAGGAAAAGCUGCACCCAGCAGUAGUCUCCGACUAAGCAUUUUCACCCCAAAUGUCCUCAUGAUCUCCAAACAUGCCGAUGGUUCCCUGAACCAGUGGGCAGUCAGUUUCGCGGAGGACUCUGCUUUCUCCACUGUGCUCAGCGUCUCUCACAAGUCACGGUACUGCGGCCACCGCUUCCACCUCAAUGACCUGGCCUGUCACUCGUUACUCCCCCUCCUCCUCACCACCUCACACCACAACGCCUUGAGGACACCAGAGGUAGACAGCAUUCUCGCUCCUCCAGAGGCCUGCUCCUCUGGUUUCUCUCACCCAACAUCUCUGCCCCGUCGGUCGCGGCCCAGCCGGGUGUCCCUAGGUGUGGUUUCUCAGGAUCCCAAUGCGAUCUACAGUGAGCUGAUUUUAUGGAGAGUGGACCCUGUUGGCCCACUAUCUUUGUCAGGCGGGGUGUCUGAGCUAGCCAGGAUUAAUUCUCUCCAUGCAUCAGCAUUUGCUAAUGUAGCCUGGCUGCCCACACUCAUUCCCAGCAGCUGUUUAGGUGUUUACUGUAACUCCCCCAGCGCCUGCUUUGUGGCGAGUGACGGUCACUCACUCAGGCUGUAUCAGGCUGUCAUCGAAGCCAAGAAACUCCUGAGCGAGCUCUCCAACCCUGAGAUAUCAAAAUAUGUUGGGGAGGUGUUCAACAUCAUCAGCCAGCAAUCCACAGCAAAACCAGGGUGUAUUAUAGAGCUGGAUGCCAUUACUGACUUUCAGGGGAAGGAGACCCAGCUCCUGCAUGUUUUUGAGGAGGAUCUGAUCCUUGGCAGAGAGAAAACAGAGAGCACACAGGACACUCCUGAUUCUCCUCACACUGCCUCUGGUGAGCCGACCUUCUCAGCACGUUUUUUCCUGGUGGUGGUUGAAUUAACCCCGACAGGUCGCUCACUCCUGCAUAUGUGGCAUCUCCAUCUUGCUGCUCGACCCAUCACCAUGGAUGAAGCCACGACAGAGAAGGAUGCCACCACAGCUUCUCCAAUAAACAGCCCUCAGUUUAACUUUGACACAUUCAGUUCUCCAGCAGCUCAGAAGAGUAAAACCUGCACUUCCAAUUUGCAGAGUGCCUGUCGCCUCAGCCUCACAACACACAGACUAUACAGUCAAGAGAUGGCCCUGCCAGAAGGGGUAGAAGCCAUCAGUGUAACACCCUCAGCAGGUCACCUGAGUGCAUCAUGUUCCCUGCCAGCUGGCCGUGUGCCUUACCUUCUUGCUACUUCCUGUUCUGAUGGAAAGGUGCGCUUCUGGAGGUGUAAUGUUGUGGCUACAGAGUCCUCCAGUAUGGACAGCUUGUUGUACCACUGGGAGGAGUGGCAACUCCUGGUGGAGGAGAGGCUUCCCAACAGCAGUGCAGUAAGUGUACCAGGUCGGCCCAUAGAGGUGAGCUGCUGUCACACUGGACGGAUUGCAGUCGCCUACAGGCAGACCCCAAAUACACCACUGAACUCAACACCUCAUCCGAACUCUCAUGGACUGCUUACUCCUCCUCCCACCCUGGCAUCCUCCCCUUACAACACCCACCUGACCCCAACCUUAACUGUACAGCGAAGCCCAAAUCUCACUCCAAGCCACAACUUAGCAAACACUAAAGAACCGUUGGUCCACAUAAGCAUCUUCCAGUGUGAGUCCACUGGUGGUUCACAGUGGAUUCUAGAGCAGACCAUAGUCCUGGACAGCACAGAUCCCACAGCUAACUGUGGUAUUAGCAAUAGCACAACUGGAGGUGCCAGUGUUCCAAGUAAAGUGGACUUCUCUUUACCAAAUGAGAACUGUCUUGGUUUCACUAGUAAGAGCCUGGUCCAUUUAGACUGGGUGUCCCAAGAGGAUGGGUCACAUGUUCUGACUGUUGGUAUUGGGACAAAGAUUUAUAUGUAUGGCCGUCUCUCUGGAAAGCCUCCAGAACUGGGUCUGUCAUCUGAUGCAAGUAGAGACCAGAGCUUGUCUCGUCUGGUUCUGCUUAGAUCUGUCGAUUUGGUCUCCUCUGUUGAAGGCUCAUUACCCAUCCCAGUCUCCCUCUCCUGGGUACGAGAUGGCAUCUUGGUAGUAGGGAUGGACUGUGAGAUGCAUGUCUACUCCCAGUGGCAGCCCCCAACACCACCCAAACCCAAUGUUGCCAUUGCCCAAGACAUAGACAUCAGCAGUAGUGUCUCCUCCAUAAUCUCAGCUGUCAGACAGAGCCAGGAGGAGGGUCUCAGUCCUGGGGCUCCAAUGUCUUUACUAGCUCCUCCCAAAAAGGCCUUGACAAGAUCAAUGAUGAGCCUGGCUCAGAAACUCAGCGGGAAGAGAACAGCUUAUGACCUCCCUGUUGAGAUGGAGGAUUCUGGGCUUUUUGAAGCAGCUCACCAACUCUUUCCCACUCUGCCCCAGUACCAUCCUGUACAGUUACUGGAGCUCAUGGAUCUCGGGAAGGUUCACCGUGCCAAAGCCAUCCUCUCGCACCUGGUGAAAUGCAUUGCUGGAGAAAUUGUGGCACUUAAAGACAGCACCACCAACCCAGAGAAACGUGUGCGCUCUCGAACCAUCAGUGCUGGAGGCAGCACAGCCAGGGACCCGAAGAUGUUCAGCAAAGUAGAGAACUCCACUCCUGACUACACAGAGAUAAGCUCCAUCCCUCCCCUGCCUCUGUACUCCCUUAUGGCAGCUGAUGAGGAUACAUCACCAAAACCAGAUAAAGUGGGCAGUGUGAGUGGAGAUAGUGGGCAUGGUUCCAGUCACACAGAUGCUUAUGAUGAGCUCUUUCAUACACCCAGCAUAGUGGACUUGGACCCUCUGGACAGCGAUCAAGAGGAACCGGGCAACAAGGUUAUUGACCUGUCUCAGUACAGUCCUACAUACUUCGGUCCAGAACAUGCCCAGGUUCUGUCCAGCCACCUCCUUCACUCCAGUUUGCCAGGAUUAACUCGUAUGGAACAGAUGUCUCUCAUGGCACUGGCUGACACCAUCGCUACCACAAGCACAGACCUCAAGGACAGCCAGGGCAAGAGCAAAGGUGGAGAGACACUGGAUGAGUGUGGUCUGAAGUUCUUGCUGGCCGUCAGACUGCAUACUUUCCUCUCUACCUCUCUGCCUCCAGCACACCGAGCACAGCUGCUACGACAAGGCCUGUCAACAUGUCAUUAUGCCUGGGCCUUCCACUCUGAAGCUGAGGAGGAGCUGCUGAACAUGCUCCCUGCCCUACAGAAGGGAGAGCCCACAUGGCCUGAACUGCGCUCCAUGGGUGUGGGCUGGUGGCUGCGCAGCACCAACAAGCUACGCAGAUGUAUUGAGAAGGUUGCCAAGGCUUCUUUUCAGAGAAGCAAUGAUCCUCUGGAUGCAGCUAUAUUUUACCUUGCACUGAAAAAGAAGGCAGUGGUCUGGGGAUUGUACAGGUCUCAGAAGAAUGCCAAAAUGACAGACUUUUUCCGGAACAACUUCAGCGAGGACCGGUGGAGGAAAGCCGCACUGAAAAAUGCUUUUUCUCUGCUGGGAAAGCAGCGCUUCCAGCAUUCUGCAGCCUUCUUCCUUCUAGCCGGCUCCCUUAAGGAUGCUGUUGAGGUGUGUUUAGAGAAAAUGCAGGACCUACAGCUGGCUCUGGUAAUCUCUAGAUUGUAUGAGUCUGAGUUUGAGACUUCAUCCACCUACAAAAAGAUCCUCCAGAGACAUGUUCUGGGCCAAGACAAACAGAUUCCAGCCCACCAGGACCCGUUCCUGCGGAGCAUGGCUCACUGGGUGCUGGAAGACUACAGCAGAGCCUUGGACACUCUACUUGAGCAGCCUGCUAACAGCACCAGCUCUGGGUCCACUGAGAGCAAACGUGAUGCCGGUUCCCUUUCUGUGUCUACGUGUAACCCUGAGGUUUUCAACUUUUACACCUACCUCCGUACCCACCCACUCCUCCUUCGUCGACAUUUUGGCUCCUCAGACAAGGCUAAAGUUGGCCUGACUGCUGAGGGUCGCAGGGCUGACUCCAUUAGCCUGGAGGAGAGAAGGCUGUUUUUCACAGCUGCGUAUGCACAUCUACAAGCUGGCUGCCCCAUGCUCGCACUGGAAGUCCUCUCCAAGAUGCCCAAAGUCCGCAAGCAUUCCAAACUCCUGAACCAGGAGGAUACAGGCAUCACGGCUGAACAGCUCAGUGUUGGGAGUAAGAAUGGGCAAGCAUCAGACCCAGAUUGGUCUCAGCCAGCUCUGAACGGCUACGAGUCAGAUGGGAACAGCUUAUCUAACAGUAAAUCAGAUUCAGUGUUAAGUUUUGACUGGAGCCAACCGUCACUGACACUUCCAGAUGAGUCCCUGGAGCUGAAGUGGGACAGUGACAAAGAUGAUGAUGAAGACGAGGAUGAGGACCAAGAAGAAACUAAAAAUGGUAAGAGCAGUAGAACUGCAGACAGCAGCAGUGUGUUCCAGGACACGCAGGAUGCCAUGUCGCCGCUAAUGGGGACAGUGACGGGAGAAGACAGUGAGGACAGCAGUGACUUCAUCGCACCAUCUGAUGACAUCUUGGCAGCCCAGCUGAAGUUUACCGCCUGCUUGAAGAUCAUGACCAAUGAGCUCCGGACGCUGUCAACAGGGUAUGAACUGGAUGGGGGGAAACUACGUUACCAGCUCUACCAGUGGUUAGAGAGAGAGGUGGUGGCUCUCCAGCAUUGCUGCAGCUACAAGCCCUGCUUGCCAGAUCUGUCUGUCCAGAGUGAUGUCCCUGUCUCUGGGUUGGUGGAGGAGGAACAGCCUGGCAGCCCACGUGGUGACAGCCAGAGGAGCAGGAGGCACUGGCUGCAGAGUAACCAGCCCUUACUGAGGAUGUUUCUGAGCUACUGCAGCUUGCACGGCUCCCAUGGUGGAGGACUGGCUUCUGUACGGAUGGAGCUCAUACUGUUGCUUCAAGAGUCUCACCAGGACGAGUCUAUCCAACCAGUGGUGACAUUAAGUUCCCAGCCCACCUCUAUCCCUCUUCUGAUGGCUUGCACAUCCAAUGUAAAGACAGUGGUGGCCAAUCCCAUCGUCUACCUGACCAACCUGACUCAUGACAUCUUGCAGACCAUCAAUGCACUAGACUCUCCUCCGCAUCCUGAUGUUGUUAACAAUGAGAUCUAUGUGAUGCACACCUUGGCUGCUUCCUUGUCUGCCUGUAUAUAUCAAUGUCUGUGUGAUGGCCACACCUACAGUUCCUCCACUGUCAACCAUUUCACAGGGAUUGUGUAUCAGAGUGUAUUGCUGUCUCAGAAGCAACCAGUCAGGACUGUCAGCAUGGAUGAGUCUGUUCAGCCCAACACUUCUCCUGCACAGUGGCCAGGUAUCGCCUCUCUGAUUCGUCUCUUGAGCUCGGCAGGCGAGGAGAGCCAGCCAGGCUUGGCUGUGCUGCUCUGUGAGAUCCUGACUGCUGUCUUCCUCAGUCUGUUUGUUCACGGCAUGGCCACUCACUCCAGCAACGAGCUGUUUCGCAUCGUGGCCCACCCUCUCAACAGCAAGCUUUGGGUGACGGUGUUUGGAGGAGGCGCUCGGACCCCUGUCAUAGAGAAACCUAACAGCCCAGCAAGAACACCCCCACCAGCCUCCCCGAGUGGCUCAGACAGGAAGUCCAGGCGAUUCAAGCUUCUAUCAUCACGCAGUGGAUCCAAAGAGGAGUCUGGGAUAGAGCGGGAGGGGCCAAUCAGUCCUAAGCAUGUCCCUGUAGUAGAACAAGAAGCCACCUCCAUCUUUAAAGAACGAUUUGUCCCUCCAGAGCUCAGUAUCUGGGAUUACUUUAUCGCCAAGCCUUUCCUGCCACCUUCUGAAAACAGAAUUGAGUAUGACUCUGAGGAGAGCCAGGGCAGUCAAGAUGAGGACGAAGAUGAUGAUGAAUUUGAAGAUGUGUUUGACCCCAACUCCCCACAACGAGAGCAUUCGAACCACAAUUCGUACAGUUGGUGUUUAAUGCGUCUGGCAAUGGUUCAGCUGGUGUUGGUCAAGCUCAAGUCCUUUUAUCCAAUGGCAGGAUAUGAUCUAUUAGAUCUGCCUGUGGGCUCUCCUCUGUGUCACGCUGUGCUGAAGACGCUGCAGCGCUGGGAGCAGGUGCUGCAAAAAAGGCUGGAGAUCUUCGGGGGCCCCCCUUCCAAAUACAUCUCCACACACCUCCAGGACGAAACAUCCACACCUGGCCCUGCCCUGCUCAGACACAAGGUCCUAUUUGAACCGUCUAACACCCCAUUCAGGACUAACCACCAUUCAGCGCUGCCAGUGAAACGUUUGUGGCAGUUUCUGGUCAAACAGGAAGAAGUGCAGGAGACUUUCAUUCGAAACAUCUUCACCAAGAAACGGGACCCGAAUGAGACUGAGUCAGAUCUGGGCUGCCCCGGAGGAAAGGCACGCAUCAUCCACAAGGAAUCUGACAUCAUCACAGCCUUUGCCAUCAACAAGGCAAAUCGGAACUGUUUAGUCAUGGCCUCCACCCAUGACAUUCAAGAGCUGGAUGUGUCAUCCAUCUUGGCCACACAGAUCUUGACAUGGAUCGAUGAUGAUGAGGCUGAAGCCAAAGGUGUUGGAGGCGAUGACUUCCUGGUGGUCCAUGCACGUGAUGAUUUUGCUGCCCUCCAUGGCACCACACCAUACACCCACAGUAGCCCUGGCACACCCAUCAAUAUGCCGUGGCUGGGAGGCCUGCAGACAGGCAGGGGCGCAUCUGUGAUGAUCAAGAGAAAUAUCAAUAAUGUGAGAAGAAUGACCUCACAUCCCACACUGCCUUACUACCUGACAGGAGCUCAGGAUGGUAGCGUGAGGAUGUUCGAAUGGGGUCACUCCCAGCAGAUCAUCUGCUUCAGAAGUCCAGGCAACUCCAGAGUCACCAGGAUACGAUUCAACCACCAAGGAAACAAGUUCGGUAUCGUAGAUGCUGAUGGAGGUUUGAGUCUCUGGCAGACCAACACAAGUGGUAAUGCUCCCAAACCAUUCCUGACGUUGCAGUGCCACAACAAGACAGCUCAUGACUUUGUCUUUGUGGGCUCCUCCUCCCUCAUCGCCACUGCGGGUCUUUCAACAGACAACAGGAACGUGUGUUUGUGGGACACUCUUGUGACUCCUGCUAACAGCCUUGUACAUGCUUUCUGUUGCCAUGAGUCGGGCGCUACUGUGCUCGCGAUGGCCCCCAGGCAGCAGCUGCUUAUCACAGGUGGGAGGAAGGGCUGGAUCAGCGUCCUGGAGCUUCCCCACAGGCACCAGCGCCAAAGCUUCCAGGCCCACGACUCACCGGUCAAAGCGCUGGCUGUUGAUCCAAUUGAGGACUGUUUUAUCAGCGGAUCAGCAGAGGGCAACAUUAAGGUUUGGAGCCUGGCCACGCAGUGUCUCCUCUACGCCUUCCCAAAUGAACACGCCCGCCAGUCGCUGUUCAGGAACCUCGGUACGGGUGUCAUGCAGAUCGAGGUGGGACCCACCAAUCACAUCUUUUCCUGCGGUGCAGACGGAACCAUGAAGAUGAGGAUCCUUCCCAACCGCUACAGUGUUGUCAACAACAACAACCACAGCAACCUCAAGAACGAUGUCAAAUUCAUUAUAUAGACGGGAAAAUGUGUUGUUAAAGCAAUUGAACUGGAUAAUGUGAAGCGCAUUUUAUGACUGGAGCAAAGUGGCACUGUUGUGGUAAGUACCUGAUUGGAACAAUGGCUGCCAUGGGUUCACUCUGGGGGAAGGAUGCCACGACAGAACUAUGACGUCAAGUGUUAUCAACCAUUUUAAAUGAAGAAUGGCUUUCAUGACAUCACAGGUGAAACAUUCAUAGGACUUACAGACCUUCACAGAGUGAGAGCGUGUCUUCUGAUUCAGGGCUGCUGAAGGGUGACCGUGCAGUGAAAUGAUCACAUCUGCUGUGCUUUGUGUGGAACAUGAAACCCAAGCUUGGCAUUAAAGCUGGCGAAACACAGGAGCCUCUCUCAGGUGUUUUAAACUGUUGUGGAAGUUUAAGUGGACACAGGGUAACAACUGAGGGCACAUCCAAUCAGAAUAAAGUGAGAAAGAGACAACCCUCCCUCCCCUCCUCGCAAACAAACUGCUAUCUGUGUCAGCUGAAGAGCACAUGGAGAGACAUUUUUUCCCUGCACAGGAAAGAGAAGCUGUAGAAGGAGCAAGAGUGAGAAGACUGUGAAGAGUUUAAAGCUGCAGCAUUGCUCUACUUAAACAGUAUCACCUUCUCUUUAGUUCAUAUUAGCAAAAGCAUUCAUGAUAGUGGAAGUUCUUCUGGAAACGCUGCUGGAGCGCUCAGCUGCAUCGUACAGAUACGUGAUCCCUUUAGGGGUUUGAACGUCUGUACAACAACAAAGACUGUACAACACUGUUGGACCUGCUUAGCACAAUGCAGUAAGGCCAGUGGACGUCGUACAAAGCACAUUAGAUCCAGUCACAAGGAUUCUCGGCACAUUCUGGUGCCCUUAUAUUUUUUUUCUUUUCUUUUUUUUUUUUAACACAAAUGACGCCAGCUUGGCUGGAAGAGCAGAGAACCGGGUGUUUGUCACGAUCAAAUCACACAUCUCAUAUCGCUAUUAUUCUGUCACCUUUUAAUUUUACGCGUUUGGCUUGAUGUCCUUCUCUAGCCUGACUGAAACAAAUACAGCAAACUUGAUUUUAUGAAGGAGGAAAGAAUGAACACAUCAUAUCUCUUAAAAACAGCAUGACAUUUUAGGAAAUGUGGUUAUUUGCUUUCUGGCAGAGAUACCAGGUAAGAAGAUUGAUACCACUCAUGUGCAUUAAACCACAGCCAGCAGCCGUUUAGCUCAGCUUAGUUUACUGUAAAGAAGGGAAGAAAACAGGUUGAAAUAGAAAGCCUUCCAGUGUCCCUAUAAUUUGCUAUAUUAUCUAUGCUAUAUUUGCUAUAUUAUAUAAAAUCUAAGUAAAAUGUAAAUUUUGCUGUUUUACAGCUGAUUAUAUGUGUCAGACUAGUUUUUGGUUUUGCAGACGCUGCAGAAUAAUUCUUUUUCUACAGAGACUUUUGAGUAAUAUUACUUUAAACGUGAACUUUUACUAAGUUUCAAUAAACUGAACUGAUAUUUACCUGAAUUUCGAGCCCUGUCAAUCACGAUCAGACUAAUCAGAGGGGAGGAACAGCAGUCAUACAGCAGAUAGUUUCACCAUUCUGGUCAUUAAGCAGAAGAUAUAAUCUUGCCAUUGAUUCAGUGAGUUGAGGCGGACUAGAACUUGAGGGGGGUUUUUUGACCUAUAUUUGUUUUACACUUUGGAAUAUUAAAAGUAAGAUGAAUUUACUAUUAGUUAUUUUGCUUAUUUUGGUACUUAUGAAAAGUUAAAAACCUGGUGAUUCUCAGGCAGGUUUUGGAGUUACAGGGAGAGUCCUUUUCUGUAAUUUUGAAGUGUAUUUAUUUGCUGUUUUAUUCGCAUUUUAUUUGUAAACCACACUGAAUCUAAAAGUUUGUGUAUCAUACCUGUGCAAUUUUUGGCACAAAUUGCAGCAGGCAGGCACUGAGUAGUCUGACUCAAUUUCCUGUUUGAACUAUGUCACUGACUCAGCAGCCACUGAUCGUGUUCCUGAGCGACCAAACUACAGUAACUAACCUGCUGUUGUUUUUAAAACACCUACAUUCACCUGUCCCUCCCUCCUCAACUCCUGUACUGUUAAAAAAAACUCACUAAGUGUUUUGUAGGUGGAAACCACCCUAGUAGUGCAGAAAUUAAAACAGCAUGCCUUAAUCAGUUUUAAUCCAUUUAGUUAAAGAAAAAACUGUCCAACUGAGAGGAAACCCUGCUGCUGACUAAAGCCUCUUAUUUAACAGCCACACACGAGUGUGUCAGUCUUCUUGUCUUCUCUGCCAGAGAGUAAUAAGGAGCAUGUUUUCCAAAAUGUUGGACAAUUCCUUUAAUCAAGCCAGUCAAAAUUUGUGACUUGAGUUUACAUGUGUGCCGCUACCCAGCGUUUUCCUCACUUUCAUGGACAACCCGAAUGCACCAUUUCUCUCUUUCUAUUUUGCACAUAAAAAUUAAGCUAAAUUAUAUGUAGUGUAAUGCAUAUAACUACAUAAGAUUACAGUAUAUAGUACGACGUGUUUAUCCUGGCCUAGAUUUAAUCAGUGGUAUUAUUAUUAUUAAGUGUCCUUAAUCUCUGAGAACUACUUCUGCCAUGCUGGCACAGUACUAGUACUGUUGGUCCUGAUUAUUACUGAUACUAAGUUGCAUAAAGUAGCUUUAAUUUAAGGCCCUCGUUGGUGUGGGACACCAUGAAUAAUACCUUUGCUGGCUGCAUUCUGUUUUUUUGAAAUGUUCAAUAUUAAACUUAAGAACAUGUAGCAGGAAAUUUUGCUGUUGACAAUGGAAAGGGGGUUGGGGGUGGGGCAGUAAACAAGUUUUAACGGAUAUCUUAUUUUGUUGUGGAAAUGUUUUAUUCCAAAAACAAUGCACUUCCCUUUCAUCUACUCUAAACUUUAAUUUUUCAUAUGGACCAUGAUUGAAAACUGCCUUGGAAACAAUAUUGUUUGCCUUGUAGUAAUCUUAAUUUUAUUGGCAGAUUUGCUUUAUCUGGUUUACUUUUCAGUUCCUUUGUAACAAUUACAGUAAUUACCUUAACUUUGCUUUUUUUAAUCAUUCACUUUAUAUCAUCCAAAUAUAGCACAUUGCCUUCAGCACAUGCUUGGAAACUGUAAUCUAGGUUGGUGUAACUGCAAACUAUCUCAUAGCAGUUUAGUGUGAAGGAGUAUAAUCCAUUAAGCUAACCCACAGUACCAUGUUGUGCUGCUGUAAGGAAACAAAUGUACAUUAGCUUUGAUUUCAGGGAGGAUAAACUGAGGAAAAACCUUGUAGAUGAAGGAGAGUUAUUGCAGUUGUGUAUAUACAUAGAUCCAUAAACUAGGCUUCUCAUAAUAACUGCAUAAUCAUAAUGACUAAUUGUAGAUAAACAGCAGGUAAUGAUGAAAGCCACUUUAUGAAGACUAUAAUUCUGUACAAAUACAGGUAUAUUUAUGAAAAAUGUUUCAUAUUAGGAUUAUAGACUAAUUGAUCAAAAGGCAGAUGUAAUCUUAUUUCCUGCUUUUUUUCUCUCUCUUAUUGGAUUACCAUUUCUUUCCUUUUCUCAUUUUUUUCCUUUUGUGAGCUUGAACAACCACAUUGCAAUUUUUGUUUUCCCCACAGAUCAAAGUGGUUGGAAAAUGAUGUGUGCUCCUGCAGCAACUGUAGAAUAAAAUCCAUUUUAUCAAAGCCAAACUAUAUGUACUUCUACAAAAACUGGAGAAUAAAAUAAAUUUUAUCAAAUAUUG